GUGUAAGAAGCUCUGUUUUCAAUUUUCUUCUGCUCAAAUGGCUGCGGGAAGAAGAUAAGACUUUGAUUUAUAUAAGAAGCGGUCGAUGAUGAUAAUGGUGAAAUCUUCUUUCUUUUUGAAAGAUAGCGGCGAAUAGAGAACUUUCUUUUUCAUUUUUCUGCUUAGAUUCUUAGAAAGUAGAAUCCUUUCUUCUUCUUCUUCAAUUAGAUCUUCAUUUUAGUACAUGGGUAGUGAGAUUUUGUAGUUAUUACAGCUUAUACGAGUUUUGAGAGUUGUAUUUUUUCUGGGUUUUACAAUUUUGUGGCUGAUAAUUGAUCGGCAAUUGGUCUGACCCCACAAUUGAGUUGUCAAUCUUCCAUCUGUAUUUCCCCCUUCCCCGACAUCCGCGAGUGUGUUUACUGAAACGUUCUAUCCUCAAUGAUGGCUUGUGGGCUUUGUUUGUUAUAGAUAGAAUUUCAUCGUUUUGUUGUAUCUUCAUUAAUACUACUCUGUGGCUCAUUUUAGCAAUUGGGUUGUUGUAGAAAGUGAGUUUAGACCUAGUUAGUACAGGUUUUCUAUGGAGACUGGGAUAGGAAUUGAUGAUGAAGGUGAUAACAAAGGAAGUAUGUGGGAUUUGGAUCAGAAACUUGAUCAACCCAUGGAUGAAGAAGCUGGAAGGCUCAGGAAUAUGUAUAGAGAAAAAAAGUUUUCAGCUCUAUUACUGGCUAGACUUGCAUUUCAAAGUCUUGGAGUGGUUUAUGGAGAUUUAGGAACAUCUCCACUGUAUGUAUUCUACAAUACUUUUCCUAGAGGAAUAAAGGAUCCUGAGGAUGUGAUUGGAGCUCUUUCAUUGAUUAUAUAUUCCCUUACUCUUAUUCCAUUACUCAAAUAUGUGUUUAUUGUCUGUAAAGCAAAUGACAGUGGUCAAGGUGGAACUUUUGCUCUAUACUCGUUGUUAUGUAGACAUGCCAAAAUUAGAACAAUUCCAAAUCAGCAUAGGACUGAUGAAGAGUUGACAACUUAUAGCCGUAGCACAUUCCAUGAACAUUCGUAUGCUGCGAAAACUAAGAGAUGGUUGGAGAAGUAUACUUCUAGAAAGAAUGCCCUUCUGAUACUCGUUCUUGUUGGCACUUGUAUGGUUAUUGGCGAUGGAAUUCUCACGCCUGCUAUUUCAGUUCUUUCAGCUUCUGGUGGAAUAAAGGUGGAUCAUCCUCAGAUGAGCAAUGAUUUGGUGGUGCUUGUUGCGGUGGUGAUUUUGGUUGGUUUAUUCAGCGUGCAACAUUAUGGUACCGAUAAAGUGGGGUGGUUAUUUGCUCCGAUUGUACUCCUUUGGUUCCUUUGUAUCGGAGUUAUAGGAAUGUACAACAUAUGGAAACACGAUAGCAGAGUUCUGAAAGCAUUUUCUCCGGUUUAUAUCUAUCGAUAUUUCAAAACAGGAGGGAAAGACGGUUGGACCUCUCUUGGAGGAAUCAUGCUUAGUAUAACAGGAACAGAGGCUCUAUUUGCGGAUUUGGCUCAUUUUCCUGUCCCAGCUAUACAACUUGCUUUUACUGCUGUUGUGUUUCCUUGCCUUUUACUAGCUUAUUCUGGUCAAGCCGCCUAUCUCAUGAAACACCAGGAUCAUGUCUUUGAGGCGUUUUAUCGAUCUAUCCCCGAAAGUAUAUAUUGGCCUAUGGUGAUUGUGGCCACUUUAGCUGCAAUUGUGGCUAGUCAAGCUACUAUAUCGGCUACAUUCUCUAUAAUCAAACAGGCACUUGCACUAGGAUGUUUUCCUCGUGUUAAAGUUGUUCAUACGUCGAAGAAGUUUCUCGGGCAGAUCUAUAUUCCCGAUAUUAAUUGGAUUCUCAUGAUCCUUUGUAUUGCUGUCACUGCUGGUUUCAGAAAUCAGAGCCAAAUCGGCAAUGCUUAUGGUACUGCGGUGGUGAUAGUGAUGUUGGUUACGACGUUACUCAUGACACUAAUCAUGUUACUCGUAUGGCAUUGCCAUUGGAUCUUCGUGAUCGUGUUCAUCGUCUUGUCUCUGUUUGUUGAGUGCACUUACUUCUCGGCCGUCCUCUUUAAAAUCGAUCAAGGAGGUUGGGUACCGCUCGUGAUCGCGGCUGCAUUCCUCAUAAUCAUGUACGUCUGGCACUACGGAACGUUGAAGCGUUACGAGUUCGAAAUGCACAGCAAGGUGUCAAUGGCGUGGAUCCUCGGGUUGGGACCGAGUCUAGGACUGGUCCGAGUCCCGGGAAUAGGUCUGGUCUAUACCGAGCUAGCAAGUGGCGUCCCUCAUAUAUUCUCGCACUUCAUAACCAACCUCCCCGCAAUACAUUCUGUGGUUGUAUUCGUGUGCGUGAAAUACCUACCGGUGUAUACUGUCCCCGAGGAGGAGCGAUUUUUGGUGAAACGUAUUGGUCCGAAGAAUUUCCACAUGUUUAGAUGCGUGGCGAGAUACGGGUACAAGGAUCUACACAAGAAAGAUGAGGAUUUCGAGAAGAAGUUGUUCGACAAUUUGUUCAUGUUCGUCCGGUUGGAGACAAUGAUGGACGGUUGUUCGGACUCAGACGAGUACAGCUUGUGCGAGAGGUCAAGGUCAGGGGAUUCGGUUGGGAGGGAGGAGACGGUUUCGUCGACGGAUUCGAUAAUGAGGGUGAAGUCGCCAAUGAGGGUUCAAAGGAGCAGCGCGAACAUGUCGUCGACAAACGGGGAAGUGGACGAGUUGGAGUUUUUAAACGGUUGUAGGGACGCGGGGGUUGUUCAUAUACUCGGGAACACGGUGGUUAGGGCGAGGCGGGAAUCGAGGAUUUUGAAAAGAAUAGCGGUUGAUUAUAUUUAUGCUUUUCUUAGGAAGAUAUGCAGGGAAAAUAGUGUUAUUUUUAAUGUUCCUCAUGAAAGCCUCUUGAAUGUUGGUCAAGUGUUUUAUGUUUAGUAAGUAGUUAUAGUUAGUUUCAUUCCCUUUUGUUAUCAUCAUAAUAAACAUCAUUCUAUCCAUUUCAUUGUUUAUUUGGA